AAUAAAUAUAGUUGAAAGAGGGAAAUUGGGCAUAAAAUCGAAAUCCACACUUAACCAACGACGACGAAGAGUGCAGAACUGCAAAAUCUUCUCGUCCUCCGGAUUACCUAUCCAUUGCAUUCUGCGAGAUGCUGAUAUGCAGAGUUUGAAUUAAGAAAAGGAAGAGUCCCAUUUCUCCUUUUUUAAGGUGGAGAAGAUCUAAACACUGAGAUAUAACAAGAAUCAUAAGAGAUGUUUUCCUUGUUUUAUGGACUUUGGAAAUAUCUUGUCAGCAAGACUGAGUUUCAUGUACUGAUUCUUGGAAUCGACAAGGCUGGAAAAACAACAUUACUUGAGAAAUUGAAGACACAAUAUUCAAGUUUAGAAGGCCUUCCCCCUGAUCGAAUUGUUCCUACUGUUGGGCUCAAUAUUGGUCGAAUAGAAACUUCAAAUACAAAACUUGUCUUUUGGGACCUUGGAGGUCAGUCUGGUCUUCGCUCAAUUUGGGAGAAGUAUUAUGAAGAAGCACAUGCUGUUAUCUUUGUAGUUGAUGCUUCUUGUCCAUCACGUUUUGAAGAUUCCAAAUCUGCCCUUGAAAAGGUGCUUAGGCAUGAAGAUCUACAAGGUGCCCCUCUUUUAAUACUAGCCAAUAAGCAGGAUCUUGCGGAUGCUGUAUCAGCAGAAGAACUUGCUCAGUAUUUGGAUUUGAAGAAAUUAGAUGAAAGAGCUUAUACAUUUGAAGCUGUUUCAGGGUAUGAUGGGACUGGAAUAACGGAAACUGUGAACUGGCUAGUGGAUGUUAUGGAAAGAAGUAAGCGAACUGAGAUGUUGAGAGUUCGUGCAGGUGUUGCAAACAGCAGUGGUGCUUAG